AAAUAAAAAUAACUAAAUAACUAGAAAUAAGAGUAAAUCAUUAAAUCAUUAAACUAUUUUAUCCUUAAUGAGCAAGCCUGUGGCGACGGUGGCAAGGAAAAAACUCCCUGGGAUGGAAUAAGGAAGAAACUUUGAGAGGAACCAGGCUCAGAAGGGAACCCAUCCUCAUUUGGGUGACACUAAACAGUAAAUAAUGUAAAUGUAACUGAUUAAUGUCCUUUCUACAACAGAAAUCAAUGGCCCAUGAGGAACUAUUAGGUCAGUGUAGUUUCUAAGGUCAUUAUAGACACUAAUACAUUGCUGUCACAAGCUGACAGAUGGAAUGGCAGAUCUGUGACAGUGUGAAAGUCCCCAAGUGGCUCUGUCCAUGGCUGUCUCCUGGUCUACACAGAUCCAUCCACAGCAUCAGUGGGCACCAACAAGCCACGAGACUCUGACCAGGGGUAGGGCAGCGGUCACACUGGAAACUGGCAAACACUGGGAGCUCAGGAGUGGGGUGUAUAGCUCAAGAGAGAAAGACAGAGAGAGAAAGAGAAAGAUAUUAAGUAUGAUUCUGAUCAUGUGAUGUUUAAGACAAUGUAGAUUAUGGGUAAAGUGCAGGCAGGGACUCCGGCAAGACUAGCUAUGACAGCAUAACUAAAAGGGAGAGAGCCAGAAGGUGACAGACAUGAAGGCUUCCUGGGACAUAAAGCUUCCAACCACUUCACAGUCAGCAAACCUGAGCGACUUGCGAGAGUGGUAAGAUGACAGCAUCCGAACAUCCCAGUACACCAAACACUCUAUGACCAUGAACCUUCCAGAUCUGCUCCUUUACCUAAGAACUAUAUAUUAGAACUAUAUAUUAGUAGUAAACUCCUGGUUUAUUGUGAUGCUGAAUUUCCUAAAAAGACGAGCAGGUUGCUGAAAAUAAGCAGUGUUAAUAAACCCCUGUGUGUUUGUCACACUGUUACAGUAAAAUACUGAGUGAUGUGGUGUGAUGAAGCAGAGUUACUGUUACCACUGUAAAGUUGAUGAUUUUCCUGUAACAGCAUGUCCCCAAGUGUUUUAUUACUCUUACACCACAGCAGAGUUUCAACAGUUACAAUACUUAUUCAUUAAAGAACAAUAUUUAAUGUUGUGUCUGUUUAUAUUUAGAUUUAAUGUCAUUGAAAGAAGUUUAUUAAAUAAGUGAGUUCCUGUUCUCACUGCUAUAAACAGUUGUUCCUCACCAGCCUCUCUUUAUUCUCUCUUCAAGCAUAAACUCCUCUGUCCUGAAGAUGUUAAGAUGUUCCAUAAACCUGCUUAGAGAAAACUUCACCAUGUCACACACGUUUUUCAAUCUGUUUAUGCCUCACAUCAUCCAUAAGAGUCCCUGUGAAUGAGCUGUUGCUAUGGAAACAAUUAGAAUCAGUGCAUUAAUAUAAACCUGCACUACUGUCAGAGCUGCUGUUAUAGAAAACUAAUCAACACCUUCUGACCAAUCAGAGUCCAGAAUUCAACUGUGACAUAAUACAGUUUAAUAGCUACAACAGUCUGCAUCUGAUACUAGAUAUAAAAGUGUCUAAUAUUUUCUUAUUGAACAUUUAAUCACAGAACUAAAUGCAGAAAUGUUUUCACACAGAUGAAGAUAUACCAGAGCAGUGCUGUUUCAGAUUUAGCACAAAUCCAAUCCCUGUAAAACUCAUUUCAGCGUAUGUAGAAACAGAUCCUCAGUGUCCAAAACCUGGAGUCAUCUUUACCCUGAAGAACGGUGGUCUGCGGUGUGGAGAUCCCAGUGUCGAGUGGGUGCAGGAUCUCAUGAACACAAUUAACCAGCGUCUGUCUAAGACUCCAACUGAAAAGCCUGAUAAACCAGUCUCUACUGCCUCCCUCAGAAGAAAUGAUGCAAAGGUUCCAAAGCAGUGCUGUUACAGAUUUCAAACAAAACCAUUCUCUGUAAGCUUCAUUACAGCGUAUAGAGUAACAGAUCGUCGGUGUGCAAAACGUGGAGUCAUCUUUACCCUAAAGAAUGGUUGUAAGCUGUGUGCAGAUCCCUGCUUCAAGUGGGUGAAGGAUCACAUGAAGAAAAUUGACCAGCUCCUGUUUAAUAGCCAGAACAAUUCUAAUAGCGUGUUUAAAUCCUCUCUCCAUUAAUAAGUAAUGAAUAUUUCUUUCACAAAAUGCACUUUUACAUAGUCAUAUUUGUUUGUGGUUAAUGCACAAAGUGGACAGUGUGUCAUAGCUGUGUUAUAGAAAUCCUCAAAGCACAUCUCCUCCCCAAACACCUCAUUUCCCUUGUAUCCCCUGCAAACAUAUUUAAUAUAACUUGUAAAUGAUUGCAUAAGUAGUACAAACAACUGUUUACUAUUUAAAGUUAAUGCCAUUUGAUGAUUUUAUAAGAUAGAUAGAAAAUGAGCCUAACAGAAGGGUAUAAUGUGUGGGUGUAACUAACCCCAAACUUUUCCCCUCUUAAAUAAGUUAUAUUAUAUCCUAUAGACUUUGUCCUUUCUAAGUAAAUAUGACAAUGAAUCAUUUGUGAACCAAAAGAAUCGUGAAAAGUGAGUUGCAUCAGCCAUUCUCUCAUCAGUUCCAGCUGAACUGUAGAGGUGAACGACAGGUAAAAUCUCUAUCCGGUUAUAUUUGUGUAUUUGUGUAUAUAUCACUUUAGGAAUGUGUUCAAAACACUUUUAUUUCAAAUUAGAUUAAUAGGAAGACCUCAAUUAAGCUAAGCUUCAUGCAUUCUACACAUGGCUGAGAACCCCACAUGCUUAUAUAAUCCUCAGUACUUCUUUUUUUUUUGUGUGUAUCCACUUCAUUUAUUUUCAUUUGUAUGAUUUUUCAAGAGUUUUGUGACUGGAUGAACAGCAUUUAUGUCUGUUUGGUGUUCUUAUGUGUAUCCUCAGUAAACACAAUACAUGC